AAGAGCGAGAACCCAACAUCAACGCCAGCAGCAAAGACUUAUCACCAUUACACUUUGAACUUUAUCGCCGAUCAGAGCCAAUCAUGGAUAUUGACGAAGAGUCUUAUCUGAAUGCUGGGCCCUCUGCUCCCUCAAAGAUUCCUCAGGGAGGAGAAGGGGACCGGUUACAAGGAAUGAGCAAAAAAGCCAUGAAGAGGGCAGCUAAGCAGGCCCGCCUGGAAGAAAUCAAACCUUUAAAGCGCGCGGCGGAGAGAGAACGGCGUCGACAGCGUACCGCCCAACUUGCGGAAGGUUAUGCCGCUGGGACACUCAGUGAAGCUGAUAAGGAACUGGUUGAGCGAAGGCGCAGGGUAGAGAAAGAAAGAAAAGAAGCCCAGAGAAGGAUAGAAAGUGGGGACCAGGCGAAUGACUGGUUGGGAGGUGUUGUUAUCGAUCUAGGGUUCGACGACUUAAUGACUGACCAAGAAAUUGCCUCAAUGGCUCAGCAAUUGGGUUACCUUUAUUCUUCCAAUCGCACUGCAGAAAAGCCGGUUAGAACUGUCAUUCAUACGACAUUCUCUCCUGCGGCAUCGCCAAGGCUCUGGCAACGUAUGGAAAACUUCAAUUGGCACAAAUGGAGCAGGUGCCAUUGGUGGGAACAAGGCUUAGAGACGCUCAAGUCCCAACUGGACCCUUCAACUUCAAUUUUGUCUGUUCAAUCUGUAGUCAGUAAAGAGACGCAAGACAAGGCAGGGAUAGAUACCAAGAGUCUGCUGUCUCGUCUAACCGGACCUCAGGUCCCUGUUGACCUUCAGGCUGGCAAGCACAAGCUUGUAUAUCUCUCCGCGGAUGCGGAAGACGAGCUCUUGAGCUUGUCCGAAGACGAGAUUUAUAUCAUUGGAGGUAUUGUGGACCGAAAUAGACAUAAGAAUUUAUGUCAAGGGAAAGCAGAACAACUAGGUAUUCGUACGGCCAGGCUACCUAUAGGCACUUUUCUAGAAAUGCUUCCCACUCGAAAGGUGUUGACUGUCAAUCAGGUUUUCGACAUCCUUGUCAAAUACCUUCAUCUAGGCGACUGGGCCGCUGCGUUUGAAGCCGUUAUCCCUAUCAGGAAGUACGCUCCUGGUCGUAAAACAAAAAGGGCGAAGACGGAGACAAAAAGGAACGAAAAAGAGGAGGAAGAAGUCGAGUGCACUAGUGCGGAGGGAGAAGAAGAUAUCGGAGUAAUAGAGGAAUCAGCAGAAGUUGACCCAGAGGACGUAUUUUCGAACCAAUAAUGUGUCUCAAUGGGGACGCGCGACCAUUAUGGCCAUUAUUAUGUCCUAUUUGACCUCAUAUGGACCAUGCUAGCCAUGGAUGCUUAGUUGCCUUGCAUGGUUCAUCUUCAGAACAAGGGUUGCUAAUAAAAAGUGUGAUAUUCUGCAAUUCGGGAUGGACUUCGUACAAUGCAAUAUUUAUUGCCUGCUUUGCGUUGAGACAUUAUACUGAGGGCCUGUUGCGAAACGACCUGGCGCAAUGGUAAUACGGCGCGUACUGUAAGGGCAGAGGCAAGAGCGUAAUAAUAAUACGA